CAAGGAUAAUUUAGACGUUGUUCGAAAUAAACCUAUAUCAAACUAUAGGAAAUCGCGUUGGUUUUUAAAAUAUAAUUAUAUUCAUAGUGAAAAUGUGAUGUGCUUUAUGUGCUGUGAAGUGAAUUUUAAAGGGAUAGAAUUGUUUUAGCUUGAAAUUGAGUGGAAAACAACGUCGUGAAAACAGAUGAAUCUGCUAGUAGCAAUCGAGCAGUGCAUCAGUUCAGAGAUAAUGAUCCACCACCUUCGCCUCAUAAGAUCGCUCUGCACCAAAGUACCUCCCCCGGACCCGGGCAUCCGAAUCUACUCCGGCCGAAACCGAGAAAAAGUUCCUCUACAAUUGCCAUCUUCAGCAGGAAUCACAUCUUUCUACACAUGCGGUCCGACUGUGUACGAUUCGGCUCACAUCGGACAUGCCAGCUGUUACGUCCGACUGGACAUUCUCCAGCGCAUUCUUGGAGAUUAUUUCGGCCUUAAACUAGUAACCGCGAUGAACAUAACGGACAUUGAUGACAAAAUUAUACGACGGGCCGCCGAACUGGGCAAACCGUGGACCGACAUCGCACGCCAUUACGAACAAGAAUUCUGGAGCGAUCUACAGCUUUUGAACGUUCGUCCUCCGGACAUCAAACUGCGGGUCACGGAUCACGUACCUUCCAUAGUUGCAUUUAUCGAACAACUUAUCGCCAAACACUACGCGUACAAAUCUUCAGACGGUUCAGUCUACUUCGAAACUGCCAAAUACCCUCAAUAUGGGAAACUUCAGAACAUUCCUACAGAACAGGUGUCCACAACGGAGGCGAAAAAGAGUGCGGCCGACUUCGCUCUCUGGAAAGCCGUCAAACCGGGUGAACCCUCGUGGCCGUCUCCUUUCGGACCCGGUCGACCCGGAUGGCAUAUCGAGUGUUCGACAUUGGCCUCGCAGAUCUUCGGCCGCCAGUUGGACUUCCACGCAGGGGGGCUGGAUUUAAGAUUUCCCCACCAUGAAAACGAGGAAGCGCAAAGCUGCUGCUACCACGGAGUGAAUGAUUGGGUCCACUAUUGGAUCCAUACCGGCCAGCUGCAUCUGGAAGGUCAGACGCACAAGAUGUCCAAAUCGUUGAAGAAUACUGUGAGCAUUGGGGAGUUGAUGACCAAGUAUUCGGCGGACGAGUUCCGAAUGCUGUGUCUACUGUCACACUACCGGAGUGUGAUUGAAUUUGGAGAUGAGUCCAUGAUGGUGGCGACGAGCGUACUGAAAAAGUUCCGUUCGUUUUUCGGUGAUUGCAGAGCGUAUGUAGAUGGGGUGAAGCCAGCGACAGAUGUCGAUUCGGGUGCACUUGAAGCGAAAAUGAUCGAGGUUGAAGGGAAAAUCGAUGGUUUUCUGCGGAACGAUUUCAACACCGCCAACGUGGUAACAAAUUUGAGCGAUCUGGCAACGGCGGUGAACAAAUCUAUCAACCAAAGAAGCGAUGGAAAUUCGGAUGUCAAAGCUUCGGGAAGCGGAACGGUGCAAGCCGUGACGAACUACGUACGUGGGAAAUUAACGCUUCUCGGUUUGAGAGAGUUCGAUGAAGAUAGAAAAGUGGGCUCCGAUGAUGGCAGCGGUGAUUCGAUCGAACAUGUAGUGGAAAGUAUGGUGCAGAUUAGGAGCGCAAUAAGAGUGCAAGCUAUGGAGAAUAAGGAUCGAAGACUUUUUACGAUAUGUGAUCAGAUUCGCGACCGUUUGAAGGACAUCAAUGUGGAAGUUAAAGAUCACGGGAAAUCUACGUCUUGGGGUUAUAUUAAACGGUGAAGUAGCAAAAUAUUUAAGGAGUAAUACUAAUUUCAAACUGCUGAAUCUCUUUCCUUCCUGCUUAGUUGAUGAUGACGCUCCCAUUUGAAAUUGAAUUCAAGAAAAGAUUAACUGGUAGCAUGAUGGGUAUUAAAAAUAAUUCCGCAGCCUAA